ACUGCCUGGGCUCUCACUCGCCCAGCACACCGUGCCGCUUUCCACUCCGCCUGAAGGAGAGAAAACGAAGGAUGAGCAAGAUGCUGGUUCCUAUUUUCACAGCCCUGCUGUACUUCUCAACGGCGGGAGCCCUCCUAUGCCACAUGUGUGUCAGACUGCAGCCGAACAAGAUGUGCGCAGGAUGGAAAUCAUGCAAGGCGGAUCCGGAGGAAUCCUGCUUCGUCCACACACACUCGUUAGGGAACAACUUCGUCUUUGCAAAGAUGGGCUGCGUCAGCAAUUGCCAGGACUACGUCGUAGGCCCAGACAACUGGCACAUCUUCCACUGCUGCACUAAAGACUUCUGCAACGCCUAGGGGCCAUGGACACCCCCUCACUUCCCACUCACUUGGGAGCAGCUGCACUUCUGGAGGAAGUCCACGUUCUCCCCUCCCCCCGUCCCUCCUGGUUUCUCUCCAGUCUGAUUAAAAACCCACCAGAAUCCAAGAUCUGCUGUGGCUCAUGCCUGCCCUCUCCUGUCCUCUAGCCUCUCCCCUUCCCAUGGCCCCCUCCCCUUUGACCCCUCUCCUGCCUGCUCACCCCCUGCCUGUGUCUCGCUGGCCCACUAUGACUCCCUUGGCUAUUGGGUUUGCUGUGGUGCCGUGGGUUAAGGUGACCCAUGGCCCCCCCGCCCAGCUGUCAUUCAGAGCCCCCCUCCCCCCCAAGAGCAUUAAGGGGCCCCUCUCCCCUGG